AUGACCGACUCGCAUGGAACGAUUCGAAGCGAUCCAGAGAAGAAACUAGAACCUUGGAGCAGUUUGGUGAAUGGCUCUGUUUCAGAGCAGCUGCCUACAGGACUCCUUACGACGUCGCUUCAGAUCAACAACAACAACCACAGCGAGAGCCCGGUAGGCAGCGGGCUCGAACGAACCAUGUCGCCACCAACCGACCUCCUCACAAGUGCUACAAAUGUCAGCAAGGUCAUCGCAUCGAUGUAUGUGAGUCGUUCAAAUCCCUCUCCAUUGAAGAAAGAAUUAAUUUCGUCAAACUACACCGCCUAUGUUACGGAUGCCUUCGUCCCUUCCAUUCAGCGAAAACAUCAUUCUCUCAUUCAUCAAGAAGAGCCGAUCAACCCGACCUCUGUGGAGACGUAUACGGGCAGUACUGCCUGCGCCCAGAUUGCUUCAAAUCAUCGAGUCGUCUUUGGAGUUCUUCGAGUCAACGUUCGGGAUCGAUCGGGCCGAUGGAAAACAGCCAAUUUAUUCUACGAUGAAGGCAGCGACACGUCGCUGGUGAGAGAAGGAUUCUUACGCCGACUAGGAUUCAAAGGCAAACCAAUCCUACUCGAGAUUUCUGGUGUCCGGGCGGAGAUAAGUCAUUUUAAGUCAGAACAAAUUGCUCUUAAUAUUGAACUUUCAUCUGGAGGAGCUGCUUGUGUGAACGUCGCAUCUCUUCCCAUCGUCUGCGAUCCGAAACCCUUGACCAACUGGGCCGACAAGAAGCGCAACUGGAUUCAUUUAAAAGAUCUACCCUUGGAGGAGAGUGGAGGUCGUAUUGACAUUCUACUGGGACUUGACCACAGUCAUCUCGUCAUUCCUUUGGACGUUCGCAGUGGAGCAGACAACGAACCCUACGCGUUUAAAUUGAAAUUAGGAUGGAUUGUAAGAGGAGUACUGGGAGAAGCUGAUCCGAAGCAAUCCGCCCGGAUCAACGUGAUUUCAUCUUGCAACAUAUCUGACUUAGAUACGGCCAUUCGUCAAUUUGCGGACACGGAAUCAUUUGGGACAGAAUACAAGAAGGAUCGGAUGACCCCAGAAGAUCAAGCAGCCAUCGACAUUGUCGCCGGAGGAACGCGACAACUGGAAGUAGGUUACGAAGUGGCGUUGCCAUGGAAAGCGGCCUCACCUGGCCUACCCGUCAACCGCCAACUGGCCGUCUUUAGAGCCCCUAGCUUAUUCAAGAAGUUCGAGAAGGAUCCCGUCUACAAAGAAGAUUAUGCGAAGGCUAUGAAGAAGUAUUUUGAAAAGGGAUAUGCCGCUAAGGUUCCAGUGCUAGAACUCAACACCCCUAAACAGUAUUUCCUCCCACAUCAUGGCGUUUAUAAGAAAAGUUCAAGAAAGCUGAGAAUUGUGUUUGACUCCGCAGCCGUUUAUCAAAACCGUUGCCUUAAUGACGCGCUUCUCAGCGGCCCUGCCUGGCAGGUUCAGCUUCCAUCAGUUUUAAUCCGUCUCAGAGAAGGAAGAAUCGCCUUCGCAGCCGACAUCGAAGCGAUGUUUAGCAGAAUUCGUCUCCGCCCAGAAGAUGCAGCUUAUCACCGCUUCCUCUGGAAGGAAGAAGGAUCAGAAGAAUUUACCACCUAUCAGAUGAAUCGAUUGUCAUUUGGUGACAAAUGUUCACCAUUCGUCGCGAUCGCCACCAUCCGAAGAGUAGCAGACGAUCAUGGCGCAGAGAAACCGGAAGCGGUAAAGGCGAUCAAGGAAAAUAUGUACAUGGACGACUAUCUGGACACAAUACUCAAUUCCGAGUCAACGAUUACGAAAAGCGACCAUGAAAUAAAGGUUCUCGGAAUAAGAUGGAACACCGAACUUGAUCAUUUAUCUCUUGUUAUUGGUGGAGCAGACCAUGUUAUUUACAAUCGAUUCGGCAUUUCAAGUUUCGUCUCCAGCAUAUUCGACCCUCUUGGAUUCGCCUCACCAUGGAUCGUCAAGGCAAAGAUCAAGUCCAGACAGCUCAGUACUAAAGGUGUCACCUGGGAAGAAAUCAUCGCAGAGGAUGACCAGACCUGGUGGAGAGAAUGGAUUACGUCGCUCAACACGAUAAAGGAAACGGCGAUCCCACGGUGUUUAUUCCCGGAUGAAGAAUUGAUCACGAGUUCCGAGCUACACGUCUUCAGCGACGCAUCAGAGGAAGCGUUUGCGUCAGAUGUGUACCUGAGACAUACCUACUUAUCCGGCCAAGUCAUCAUUCAUUUAGUGAUAGCCAAAACCAAAUUGGCUCCAAAGAAGGUUCUGUCCAUCCCGAAGCUGGAGUUACAAGCCGCUUUGAUGGGUGCAAGAUUAGCCGACUAUGUAACCAACUCUCUGACCAGACCGGUUACUAGAAGAAGAUUUUGGACGGACAGUUCCUGUGUAAGAAAUUGGAUUAGGUCGACAGCCGCGUACUACAAACCAUUCGUCUCUCAUCGACUGGGGGAAAUCCAAGUACUGACAGAGUCUUCUGAGUGGAGAUUCGUACCCGGCCGUAUAAAUUGUAGCGAUCUAGCCACCCGUUCGUCAAUUGAAACCAUUCCUGACGUUUGGUUCAAGGGUCCAGAGUUCCUGUAUCAACCCGAAGAGGAGUCGCCCAUCGAUUUGCCCUGGAUGUCCGUCGUGGAAGAAAUAAAAUCAGCCCGGACCUUCCUUGCCGAAGUUGAAAUCCGCCCGCAAAUGGACUGGUCAUCUCUACAGUUCGGUCCAAACGAUUUACAAAAUGUUAUCCAAGGGAAACCACAACACAUCGAGAUACUACAACGAUGCCAAGAAGAAUCGUUUGAAAGAGAACUACGAAGAGUGAAGGAAUCAAAAGAGCUCCAUUCAUCGUCAAGCCUUCUUUCCCUCACACCGUUUAUCGGAAAGAAUGGAUUAUUGCGACUGGGUGGCUGA